AUGGAGGUGUAUCUGCUGGGGAUGACGCCUGUCAUUUUCAUGUAUAAACUGUUGGGGGGGUUUCCUUUCAUUUGGACAAGUGGCGCUGACACUAAAAAGUCGCGAGUGACUGUUGACUCACUGCACAGUAUCAAGCGAAACAAGAAGUGGAUGGCGUGGUCUAUCAUUUUUGGGUCUUUAAUUGUGUCAUAUUUUUCCUAUGGCGGAAUUGGGUUUAUAGUAAUACUAAACAAGUCUGCUACCACCUUCAUGGUCAUGCAGAAAUUCAAUGAUUUAGUUAAUAUGAUAACCACCAUCUUGCUGAGGAUUCACAUGCUAGGCCAGGCCCCAGCACUUGCCAAGGCUCUCACCAGGAUGCACACCCUGUGUAGGACUCACGGCUUCACAGGUAAACCCUAUUAUACUGACAAAAACAUUUGGUUUGUCAUGGGAAAUCAUCUGUUUGGUUUCAUGUGCAUCUGCGCCGGAAAUAUAGCAAUGGCAGUAAGAGAAAAACAAUUUAGCUUUGUUAGAUUUGGAAACAUAUUCAAGGCAUCGGUGAAGCCAUUAGUAUUCAAUGUGUCAAUGAUGAUGUACUCUAGUCUGAUUAGACUGCAGGCAACCGCAUAUAACAAUUUUUUUGACAUAGUGGGUGAUGUUGAGCGUCUCUCCCCACCUCAGGUCAACAGCUGGACCCACUCAGCUCACAGGAACAAAGCCCAACAUCACCCGUUACAGAACCCUCUUGCAACUACGACUCGCAUCAAUUUUGAAAAGGCUAAAGUUUUGCUCGCUGACUUGUACGAUUCACAAAAUAUGAUCAAAAACUACUUCCAGUUCUUGGUUGGACUUUCUCUUCUACAGUCAACCAUCAGCUCCAUCGUUAGCUGCUUCUCAGUAUCUAUACAGGAGCGGCAGGAGUUGCCCGACCAAAUAGCCUCCUUAGGACUGAUCGUCAUGACAUUCUUCCCACUGUUCUUCCUCACCAACGUUCCUCACGCCCUCACCCUACAGAAGGAGAGGUUACGUGUGGCGCUGAAGAGAAUACGUCACAAGAGAACCGACCCGGCGCACAAGGAGGAGAUCAGAGACCUGUUGGAGCUGCUUGAAGACGACCCUGGUUUCAGCAUAGGUGGUUUCUUCAUCCUAUGUCGAGCAAGAAUAGUUGACAUCCUGAGCUUCGUGACUACUUACGUAAUCAUCCUGAUGCAGUUCCGAAUCACAGAAACUGAGGACAACAAAUUUUCCUGCCACAGCAACAAAGUUAACGCCACAUCAUCACUCUCGGAUUAAGUAUCUUGACUGAAAUAUUAUGACGUUAUAUUUAAGCAGGUGAGGGGCCAUUCAUAUAGGUGAACUAGGUAGUUAGUAAGGA